UUCAGGAAAAGUACCUUGAGUACAAGUGAUUCCACAUUCCAAUACUGAGGCUGGCUGUAAACAGAGAGAUGCGCUUCUCAUCAGGGAACAGUUUGAUGCAUCUCGGCUGAGAAAAGCUUGCAAGCAAUUCCCUCCUGGGCCGACUCCUCUCCCAUUGCUUGGAAACCUGGUGCACUUGAACUUCCAGUUUCAUCGGGAUCUUCUGAUGGAGCUGGCAAAAACUCACGGCAGCAUGUACACUCUGUGGUUCGGGUGGACCCCAGUGGUUAUACUGAAUGGAUUUCAAGCAGUGAAGGAUGGCAUGACCACACACCCUGAAGAUGUUUCCGGGAGGCUGGUGUCACCUUUCUUCAGAGCAUUGGCCAAAGGAAAAGGUAUUAUACUUGCGAGUGGCUCCUCCUGGAAGCAGCAGAGACGUUUUGGAAUAAUGACUCUACGCAAUUUGGGAAUGGGGAAAAAAGGCCUGGAGCAUCGAGUGCAAGAGGAGGCUUCUCACCUGGUGGAGUUUUUUGUGAACCUAAAAGGAAGUCCUGUGGAUCCUUCUUUCCCUCUUUUCCAUUCUAUUUCAAAUGUAAUUUGUGCUGUGGUUUUUGGAUAUCACUUCUCUGAUGAGGACAAAACCUUCCGUGAACUGAUCCAUGCUACAGAGAAAUUAUUCAGGUUUGCAGGCAGCUUUGUUCAUCAGUUGUAUGAAAUCCUGCCCUGGCUGCUGUGUUGCCUCCCAGGGCCACAUAAGGAGGCGUUGGCUUGCUAUGAUGUCCUGAGUUCUUUUGCAAGGAAGGAGAUCAGAAGACAUGUCGAGAGAGGGAUACCAGCUGAACCACAGGAUUUCAUUGACUUUUACCUGGCUGAGAUUGAGAAAUCUAAAGAGGGGGCCAAGCCCAAGUAUGAUGAAGAGAAUUUGGUAUAUGUCAUAAACGAUCUUUUCCUUGGUGGAUCAGAGACCUCAAGCACUACAUUGUACUGGGGACUGCUCUAUAUGGUGGCGAAUCCAGACAUCCAAGCAAAAGUGCAGAAGGAGCUGGACGUUGUUCUGGGUCCUUCCCAGUUAAUCAGUUAUGAGGAUCGGAGAAGACUGCCCUACACAAACGCUGUGGUUCAUGAGAUUCAGCGCUUCAGCAACAUCGUCUUUGUUGGCGUGCCCAGGGUGUGUGUGAGGAACACAACGCUACUGGGAUUCCCUGUCAAAAAGGGAACCAUUGUUAUACCAAAUAUAGCAUCUGUUCUUUAUGACCCUGAGCAGUGGGAAACACCUCGACAGUUCAACCCUGGCCAUUUUCUAGAUAAAGAAGGAAACUUUAUACCUCGAGAAGCUUUCUUACCAUUCUCAGCAGGGCACCGGGUGUGUUUAGGGGAGCACUUAGCGAGGACCGAACUCUUCAUUUUCUUUGCCAGCCUGCUGCGGGCGUUCACCUUCCAGCUCCCCAAGGGCGUGACAAAGAUCAACACGGAGCCCAUUUUUGGGGGCACUCUGCAGCCCCACCCCUACAGGGUUUGUGCCAUUCCACGCUAGGCUGCAGCAGCCACAGGUCAGCAUGAGACAGUCACCUUUACCUCUGUGAAUUUCCUCCCAGGCGUAUAAACCUCUUUCUGGCUAUUGAUAUCAGUCUAUCCCAGAGCUAUUCAGAAAGUGGAUGCAAGCCAAGAUCCAGACUAACAGGACUUUUUUGGUCUGGUCUUUGUGAAAGUCAUGGAUAUUCUCACAGGGAUCUUGACUGUAUUCUCCUCUCUGAGAGCACUUGAAGCCAGUGGUUCCCAGCCGAAGCCAUGUUGUAUCUCCUUGUCCUAGUCAAGCAAAAUCAUCCUCACGCUCAGUUCUGAGCAAACCUCAGGAAAAUUCAACAGAGUAUCUCAACAAGAGCCAAGCGGAUGCCAUUUCUGUGAGGGUCCUGAUGACCUCAAGUAAUCUGACUGUAGAAAGCACACUAUUAAAGCUCACUUUUGGUUUUAUUUUCCUGAACUUAGCCACUUAUUUUGUCAACAGGUCGCAAAAACAAAACAAAACCAUCACUCAAAUCCCAGGAAACACAUUAGAA